GCGAGUUUGGAGGAGGGAUGGAGGAAGAAGGGGAGUCCCGAUGAUGGCGGCUGGUAUAAAGAAUCGCGGUUUUGACUGCGUGGGACAUCGACUCUAUCUCUCAAUCCUCCUUCGGGGGAGAGACAAGGUGGGAAUAGGGAGGAUUGGAGGUCAGGGCAGGGUGGAUGGGGACAUGGCGGAAGGCCUAUGGAGCUCUCAAGGAUUCCACCAUGGUCGGCCUCGCCAAGGUCAACAGCGAAUUCAAGGAAUUGGACGUUGCGAUAGUGAAGGCGACGAACCAUGUGGAAUGCCCACCGAAGGAACGGCAUGUGAGAAGGAUAUUUGUUGCUACAGCUGCAACUCGGCCACGAGCAGACGUAACUUACUGCAUAUAUGCGCUUGGCAGAAGAUUGUCCAAGACACGUAAUUGGACGGUUGCUGUAAAAACAUUAAUAGUUAUCCACAGAACAUUGAGAGAGGGUGAUCCUACAUUCCAAGAGGAGCUGUUGAGUUGCUCUCACCGAGGAAGUAUUCUACAGAUAUCGAACUUCAAGGAUGAUUUGGGUUCUCUAGCUUGGGACUGUUCUGCCUGGGUAAGAACAUAUGCACUCUACCUAGAGGAGCGGCUCAAGUGCUUUAGGAUCUUAAAAUAUGAUAUUGAAACAGAACGUCAGAUGAAGUCUCCACAGGAGUCUGCCAAGUGGCAUAGUCGAACCAGAAGUUUAUGCUGUCCGGAUCUGCUCGAACAGUUGCCCGCUUUGCAACAGCUUAUGUUCCGACUUAUUGGUUGCCAGCCGGAAGGAGCAGCAUUUGGAAACUUUCUUAUUCAAUAUGCUCUGGCUCUGGUUUUGAAAGAGAGCUUCAAAAUCUAUUGUGCAAUCAAUGAUGGGAUCAUCAAUCUCAUGGACAUGUUCUUUGAGAUGCCAAAAUGUGAUGCCAUCAAGGCCCUUGAAAUCUACAAAAGAGCCGGACGACAGGCAGAAGCUCUUUCUGAGUUUUAUGAAGUUUGCAAACAUUUGGAACUUGCCAGGAGAUUUCGCUUCCCAACCCUGAGACAGUCACCUGCUUCGUUUCUUGCAACAAUGGAAGAAUACAUCAAAGAAGCACCUGGGAUUGGUUCUGUUUCAAGUAAGAAUCUGGAAUAUGAAGAUAGUAACCCACCAUCAUACAAUCAAGAUGAAGCCCCUUCUCCGGAGAAUAAAAAACCAGAUGAGGAAGAGGAGGAACAGCCACCUGCAGGGGAACAACCACCAGAAUCUGAACCUGUCACGGAGGUUGAAUCUCAGCCUGCUACUACAGGAGACUUAUUGGGUUUGAAUGAAAUAAAUCCUGCUGCUGCGGAACUUGAGGAAAACAAUGCAUUGGCUCUAGCCAUCAUUUCACCAGGGGAUAAUACAAAUCCUUCAACAACUGGUGACUUGCUUGGAACCGAUUCUUCUGGUUGGGAAUUAGCAUUGGUAACUGCUCCCAGCAGCAACACCAGCCACUUGGUUGAAAGCAAACUGGCUGGUGGAUUUGACAUGCUCUUGCUCGACAGCCUCUACGAAGACUCUGCCAGGAGACAACAAAUGGCUUCGGCUGACAGCGGCGGGCUGGACGCCAAUCCUUUCGAUCCCUUCGCCAUGUCGAACAGCAUCGCGCCUCCACCAAGCGUGCAGAUGGCUCUGAUGGCACAACAGCAGCAGCAAUAUUACCAGCAGCAGCUGCAGCAACAGUACUGCUCACCACAACAGCAGCAGCAGUUUUAUCAACCUCAAUACCCUUCGCCGCAGCAGAUGGGCUCUGCCAAUCCCUUCGGCGACCUGUUCGUUGGCUUUUCACCGGGCGCAACCCCACAAGGCAAUCAAUAUCUACACUGAGGCCCUUAUUCGAAGCACGAUCCAAUCUCCUAUCACGGUCAGCUUUCUUGUACUGUUAACUACGUCACCAAGCAUGAGUUCGACCGAACGACCGGUAUGUUCUUCUACCGCAGGACGAGGCUUCAUUUGUACAGGCCCUGCCCAAAGAUGGAGUGCCCCUGCCAUGCUUAUCCAUCUCAUCUCGCUGGAGAUAGUUCGGCCGACCAAGCAUGAACACAACCUACACCAAUUUCGAGUUCUUUUGGUAAAGCGUCUUUCUACAUUAAACCGAUCCAUUUGUAACAAUCCCUUAUUAUCAUCCUGUGUGUUUAACCCCUGGCGGUAGCAACAGAGUAUUCUGACAUUGAUAUUUUCUCUUUACGAUGUAAUCUGAUAUGCAAGAAGGUAUGGACACUAACGAACCAAACACGUCAAUUCACAGA